AUGGGGAUUGGUUCCUUGGUACUAAAAGCAAGAACAAUAAUUGAAAGUGAGAUAUUUGAAGAUGGUACCUCAAGUAACCAUAAUUCCAGAAGACUUGCUGAUUAUACUAAUGAAGUUGCUGACUUCAUCAUUGAAGAAACUACAAGAAACAAAACAAAAAGGGAGGAAGAUAAAACAAUCAUUGAAACUCACAAAACAAAGAGAUCAGAACCAAGAAAGUAUAUCACUUGUGUGGAUGAGAACUGUAAACGGUAUGUUAGAGCUUCUACAUUCAAACAUACUGAAUAUUUCAAAGUUAGGAAGUAUGUGAAAGAGCACACAUGCUCAUUGGUUGUCAUCAUGGAAGAUCAUAGACAAGCAAAUUGCAAUGUCAUUGGAGAGCUCAUCAAGACAAAAUUUACAACAAUCAAGAGAGUGCACACACCAAAUGAUAUCAUAAAAGAUAUGCUUGAUGAUUAUGGAGUAUCUAUGAGUUACUCAAAAGCUUGGAGAUCAAGAGAAAAAGCUAUAGAAUUGGUAAGAGGAAAGACAGAUGAAUCAUACCAACAGUUACCGAUGUAUCUUCAUAUGUUAAAAGUAGCAAAUCCUAGAACCAUUACUAGCUUGACCACAAACGACAAAGAUCGAUUCAAAUACUUGUAUCUAGCAUAUGCACAUUCCAUCAAAGGAUGGCAACAUUGUAGACCAAUUAUUGUGGUUGACGGAACCUUCAUGAAAUCUUCAUAUCGAGGCACAUUGUUCAUAACAUCUACAAUGGAUGCAAGUAACAAUAUUUUUCCAUUAGCAUUUGGUGUUGGCGAUUCAGAGAAUGAUGAAGCUUGGGAAUAUUUCUUCACAAAGCUCAAAGAAACAUAUGGAGAACGUAAAGCCAAUCUUCAUAUCCAUGGAGAUGAUUUGACUAUAAACUUUGUUAAAGCAGCAAAAGCAUAUACAUUGGUUGGGUUUAAGUACUAUAUGGUUGCUCUUGACAAAAUAGAUGCACGUAUAAGGCCUUACUUAGAAAAAGUAGGUUACUGUACAUGGGCGAGAUCUCACUCACCAAAAAGGAGAUAUACCAUGAUGACAUCAAAUAUAGCGGAGUCUAUUAAUGCAGCAAAUAAAGCAACAAGAAAUUUGCCAAUAACCUUAAUGUUGGAAUGCAUAAGAAGCGUUGUACAAAAAUUGGUUUGGACUAAUGGGAAUGAGGCGAAUGGAACCUUUACAGAGAUAUCAUCAGAAGCAAAAGCUGUGCUGAGAGAGAACUAUUUAAAAUCUAUUAAAUUUGAGGUGAGACAAUACAACAUUAUUUUUUCAGAAGUGAUUGAAGCAAGAUGA